AUGGCUCCAAACCAUGAACUCCUGCUUUUUAGCAAUGAAUUUAUGAGGUAUUGUAUGAACAAUUUACCUUUGCACUAUGCAAUAUACUUGAAGUAUAGGACCAUGUAUUUUGUAAUAACUCGUAGCUUGAGCCUCAAAAGGAGUCCAAAAUAUAAAAUUCCCAUAAACUGUUUAUCAGAAAGAUGCAAAACUUUGGGUCGCCCAAAUUUACGGUGGAUCCCAAAUACAUUUUUGCAACAAUCACCGAGAGCCAUUAAAAUUCAAGAGAUCUCAGGCAUAAAUUAUUAUGCAGGGGAAAGAGUCAUCGAUACUGUAAAUGGAUUCAGCUGUGAGUCGAGCCUUGAGUUUAACACACGUGAAUGCACUGUAAAUUCACAAUCAACAAAUCUUCCUAAUUCACAUGAAAUGUUCUCCGACUCACCCAUGAGAAGUGAUGGUAAUGAAUCACAUUUCCAGAACAUGCAUCAUCAUUUGCUUUGUCCUCCAUACAUUGAUUGCGUCAAACCAGUAGAAUACAAAUCCACGAUCAAAUAUAAAUUCAAAGGUGGUUUACAACACCACAAAAACUUUCAAGAAAAUCCACGGAUUAGUGAAAAUAAUGAUUAG